CGCAACUUUCAAACCUGGCGCUGCAUUGACGCCGGAUGGUCGCGCAUGGAAGGGGGAUGCCAGAUUGUGAAUCUAGCGCUUUAAGUUUGGGGGUUCACUGAUCACCUGCAUAAACUGCAAAGCAGCCCGUCACCUGCUUGUUCUUGUAUUUGUGGAAUUUUUUUUGCCUACUUCGCUGGUAAGAAGGGGGGCGCUAAUCUGUGGGAAAACACGGCGAUAGGAAGCCUUGACCACUCGAACCGCUUUCUCAAUCAGAACAGAAGGGCUUUUCUUCUGAUCAGCGAAGGUGUGGCUGCCGCGUCCAUUAGUGGACAUCACGUGGGAUACAAGAGUUAUGGCGGCCUCAAACAUGACCGUGGAAUAAGGGGCUUGCAUUGACGCUUUAGGCACUUCUACAGCAAUUCUGAGUGACUUGUGGAGCCUUUUCCCCGUCUGAUCUGUAGAUAGUUUCUGUGCUCAUUCGUCUUCCUCGUGGUUGUUGGAUCAGAAGUGUCCACUCCUGUCCACAGGUGAAGGGGGGUGUUCGAGUCUUUGAGGGGUCGUUCGCUCAUCCUUUCCUCGUGGAAGAGCGAGGAGCAGAGUAGUGAUCUUGCUCAGAGAUCUGCCAGCAGCAAAGGGGCUAAAGCCACAACUUCAGUGUAGUGCUACCAAGGAGGACAUAUUAGUAAGCACAAAGCAGCAAGCGGAAGGAAAACUAGACAGACAAAAUGGAGACAGCGACACGCAUGGGCAGCCGGUCAUCCUCACGGCAUGGGCCAGCGGUACAAUUCUCUGGGAGGGUGCGAAAGUGGCAGAAGACAUGGACCAAGUCGGGUACCUCGGAGAAGCUGCAAGUGUUCAAGUGGCUGCCAGUCUCAGGCGACAGGGAAGAUGAACCCGAAGACUUGCCUGCUCGCAAGUACCGAUUCCUGCCGCUGGACAUAGUAAACGCUCAAGCCCGGGCUGAGAAAGAGGCGCAACAAACAAUGGAGGCCCCAGGGCUUGAGUUGGCACGCAAUGCGGACACACCAACUCCAGUUACUGAAGCCGAACGCCCGAAUGAAGGGGUAGAGGGGGCUCUGCCGGAAGAAGGACGGCCGGUCGCUGUCGAUGAGAUGCAGGUCGAUCUGGUGGACGAUGGUGGCCCGGUCGAACGAACCGAGGGGGACGGGGCAGGGACAGCCCCUGGGGAGCAGGUCGGGGGAGAAAAACCGGGCACUGCCGCUGCAGAAGGAGAUGAGGAUAAGGCUAUCACGGAUGCACUGAAGGAUCUCGAGGGAGCCGGGGAGGGAGAAGCCGACGAUGAACGGGGCAUGCAAGCGGGUGCUGUUGCAGACGGAAACGAUGCAGUGGGGAAUUCCGAAGGGGUGGGGAAGGAACUCGUUGCAGAGGGGGGGAUGACACGAGCGGGCGCAGACGCCGACGUUGGUAGUAACGGGGGGGAAAAGUCGACGGCCGGUGAGAUAGCGGACUCGCUGGUGGCGACGGGCUUAGUCGAAGAGGGGGACGCUGCCAAGGUCGAAGCGAGGGCUCUUUCGCAAGUGAUUGCACUAGAUGCAAUGAAAGAAAACGAGGACGGUCCUGAAGGGGAUGUGAAACAUGGAGAAGGGCGAGAAGCUGCGGGUUGCGAGACAACGGCGGCGGACAGUGGGGCUGAAGGCGAAGAGGUGGGGGUUCCUUCUGCUGGCGAAACUGGGGGUGGAAGUGAGGAAGGAGUGCGGAGCGAAGCGGACGGGACUGGUGAGAGUCAGCAUGCGGAGAAGGGCCGUCGGGAUGAAGAGAUGGGUUCUGAAAGGAGGGAAGACGGGCAGGGGCCGGAGAAGCUGACUGCUGAGGGCGAACGUAGCGGUGCAAAGGUGGAAGUUGAGAAGGACGAAGAGGGAAGAAGAGACGGUAUUAUGAACGAGGCUGAAAAAAGUGCCGCUAUCGAGCUUGAGAAGUCUGGCCCGAGUUAGGAGGCAAAGUUGAGCAGAACGAGGAGAAGACGGUAGGUUAGCCGAAGGGUCGCAAGGCUGGGGAUAAGAAGCUUUUUCAUCGGGCUUCAAAACGUUAUAUAGGCCUGAGGACACAGUGAGACCUAGGAUGGGGGAGAAGGAUGCGCUUACACAUAUUCGAAUUGCAACAAAUGCCGCCAUCUGACGUUUUUUCAAGCAGGACAGAACGGUCUGGUGAAUGGAUGAGCCGGUUGCCUAAAAAACUCCGUGCACAUCCUUGCAAGUGACGAAGUACUUCCUAGAU